UAUGUACAUAUUGAGUUUUGUCGCCCAAUGGCAAUACUCAUGUUCUAUACAAUAUAAACUUACUCUUAAGAUUUAAAUGGGCUUUUUUGAAAAGCAACAAAAAGAGUGAGAGACUAGACAUAGUGGUUAAAUAGGAGACAAAGAAUUGAAGACCCAAUUGGAGAAACACAAAAUCCACCUUGGAGCCCAGCCCAUUACUUAGAGGCCCAAACCUUGGAUCACGUGAGAGUGUUCCUCUGGUAUGACUCUCUGCAACUGUUUCAAACAGAAACAGGGACACGGCAAUGGAAGAAGAAGAAGAAGCAGCAGCAGAAAUCUUACAACUUCACGAGCUUCACCAUUCCGACCUCAUUCUCUUAUCUUCUUCAAAUCCAACUUCAACUAAUGCUUCUUCUUCUUCUUCAUUCGAUGAGGACCUUCUUCGCAAAACGAGCUCAGUAAUGGAAGCCCUAGGGCCCAUGGGCCCAGGCCUGUUGGCCGUUACGGGCGUCCCCAACGCCUCCGAGCUCCGCUCCGAACUUCUCCGUCUUGCUCCCAAGCUCGCCCUUCUCCACCGCGACACACGUAAACGUGUUCUCAAGGAACACAACUUGGGCAGUGAUGUUCCUUUGAGAAAUCCAGAUAGGAGUGUGUCCUCCUUUGCUAUGAAUCUCAAAUAUGCCAAAGCUCCGGAAGCAUUGACCACAACUGAUCAAUUACAUUCCGAAGCGUAUCCUCAUGAUGUCGAGGAAGCAUCCGCAGAAUGUAAUGAUAUGGAGUUUAAGAAUCUAAGGAGUACUUUCAAAGAGUUAGGGCUUUGCAUGAUGGAGGUGGGACUUUGCCUUGCUCGAAUAUGUGACAAGGCUAUCGGGAGCAACGAGUUGGAGCAGAGCCUCUUGGAAUCCUGUGCAGCGAAGGGGCGGCUUAUACAUUACCAUUCGCGUUUGGACAGCUUCCUCCUGAAAGGAGUUGAGAAGACCGGCGCGGCAGGUAAAAGAAAAGCUAAAAAUAACAAGAGGGACCAGGGUAGCUGCGUUAUGAAUGUGCAGAAAUCAUUACAAGGAUCAUCAGAGUCGAAUUCAAUUGCUCGUGAUGAUCAUAAUUCAUGUGGAAUUCAUUCAAAUUUGUGGCAGCAGUGGCAUUAUGAUUAUGGUAUAUUCACUGUUCUAACAGCUCCUUUCUUUCUUUGGUCAUCAUAUUCGGAUCCAGCCAAAACAGAACAUGUAUUUGCUAAUUCAUGUUUUGAUGAAUGUCCAUCGCCAACCGGGCAUAGCUGCUUGCAAAUUUAUGAUCCAAAUAAGAAGAGGAUCUUCAUGGUGAAGGCCCCUCCUGACAGUUUCAUUAUUCAGGUCGGGGAAUCUGCUGAUAUAAUCUCUAAGGGGAAGCUUCGCGCAACCUUGCAUGCCGUUCAUAGGCCUGUGAAGUUUAACAAUUUGAGCAGGGAAACUUUUGUUGUGUUUCUGCAGCCUGCAUGGACCAAAACAUUAUCUACUGCAGAUUAUUCUCAUGCAAAGUUGAUGAAGGAAUAUAAUGAUGAUGAUGAUGAUGAUGAUGAACAGGUUGGGGAGGAUAGAUAUAAACAACUGAGCUACGAAUUUAAGAAAAUCGUCCCCCCACUUUCAUCGAGGUUGAAGGAUGGGAUGACUUUUGCUGAGUUCUCGCGCGAGACAACAAAGCAGUAUUAUGGUGGUAGUGGCUUGCAAUCAAACAAAUGAUGGUUUCUGGUUUUCAUCAAUGCAUACCAUCUGAAAAAAGUUGAUAGAUUUUGGGGAAGUUAACAUUUUAUUCUUCAUGAAUUUCAGUAAUUUUUUCAAAAGAAUUUUCACAAAUUUGCAGAGAGUUAAACAAUAGAGGACUGAAUAUCAUUUAAGAGAAUGGCGAUGAAAUUGGGGAGUUGCAUAGGUUAACACAUAUAAAACUAUAUUUCUGUUAAUUUUUGUAUGGAUCUCUAGAAGAAUAAUUGCUUCUUUUACAGAAAUCAGCAUAAGAAUGACCUUAUCCUGCAAGUAAAUUAAUGGUUUAUUUUCUUGAA